AUGCUUUUCUUACAAGGCCUCCUCGUACCGCUUGCCGUCACCGCAUCGGCACUAUUUGCACCCGAUCAACUACAACAACAAUCACUACAACAACGACCACUACAUCAAGAACGCAUGAAACUGUCCCCUCCUUUGCCACGCCCACAUUCCAAUCUCAACUUCUCCUCCCCCUCCCCAUUAAUCCUUCACUCCCUCUCCACCCUCCUACAACAAUACCCCCAAACCUUCCACCCCAACUCCCACACCAUCGCCCCCUGCUCCAUCUCCCCAAACACAAACCUCUACCACGCCCGCCUCGACCCCCACACCCCUCCAAGCCCGGAAUGGUUCGCCUUCGACCCUGAGAUGUCGUACGCUAUCGCCGGUCUUGCACAAACGAGCCGGAUGCUGACAUACCGUACGACGAGGAGGGUGCGGUGUCUCUACUUCGACGGCACGAGUGCGAGUUUGGCGGGGGCCGGGAGUAUGGAUGCGCAGAUGUUACUUCUCCACAAUACUUCUGCGAAUGUGCCGGUGGAUCCUGUGUUCGGACAGCCGCCGCCUUAUGGUGGCAGUGGUGAAGGAAAUGGAUCGUAUCCCCUCAGGCCUUGUCCGCCGGGGUCGGAGAAUGCGACGGAUUGUUCGCGCUGGAAUCCGUUGAAAGCUGAGUAUGAUCGUGCCAAGGGCCUUUGCGGCUUUAUCAAGAAUCAUGGGUUAGGUGGGUUGGGAUGGGGCUACGAGGGUAUAGUGAGGAUGAAUACGGGGUUUGAAAUGAUCUGGUGUAACUUCUCCUCGCCUUCGGCAAAAUUAAUCUCGAAUAUUGCCGUCCGAGCGCCGUUGCUGGCCGACUCAGACGACGCUAGGAUGGAGACUGCGGCGGGUCACGAUCUAGAUUAUGCAAUGGGAGAUUCCGAGCUGCAGAUUGGUGGUAUCGAUACACGACACCAGCCCACACUCGCUUUCCUCAAGUCCGUCCCGGGUACUUCGCCACCUUCAGAUCGACACCGUGGCCCGCCGGGUAUACUCACACGCCACCCAUUCGUGCUAUACAGCAUGUACGAAUGGUUCCACGCAGCAAGCAAACGCUACGGAUUCGCCGGCGUCGGAUCCCCAGGCCAAGGGGAAACCCGCGUGCGGAUCGAUAGUGCCGCGAUCUUCACGUUCUAUGAUCCUCGCUUGACACAUCAAGAGGGUGUGAGGGUGGCGGAGGAGAGGAGUAGGUUUAAUUUGACUCGGGAAGGGUUUUGGGACGGAGCGGGGUUUGGGGGAUUGGGGUUGGGGAGGACGGAGGAGGAAGAGAGGAGGGUGGUUCUGAGGGGGUUGGAGAGGAGGAGGACGGGGCAGAGGGUUUUGAAUGUUAGUGUUGAGGAUGGGGUGGUUAUGCAAGAGGCGGUGUUGGAGGGGAUCAGGAGGUCCCUCCAGGCUGGCAAGAAUGGUGUGUCCAGUGGUAGUGAGGUUGAUUGGGUCUCUACCGCGCGGGAGAUCGUGUUGGAAUAUGGUGGACCGCUUCUUGAUCUUCGCACGCUUCUAUCCACCACACCAGAUGAAAGGGGGGAGGAAUAUACGGCGGAGUCACUAUUUAAGCUCACGAGAAGUGCGAGGGAUGUGUUGCAUGGACUGUGGAUGCCUUUCUACGAAUACCCGCCCUUCUCCCGGGAGAAUCUGACUGAAGCGUUCCAUCCCUCUGCUCCGAACCCCGGAGCCGCAUUCGAGCGUUGCAAGACACAAUAUGAAUCAGACGACUCGUCAACAAUGACGGCAAGCGAGAACGUAACGUACACCGCCAUCUCCGAAGUCCUCACCUCGAUCUGCCGAACUCUACUCCCGCCUUUCCUAGAAACAGAGAUAGUGUGGUUGGAAUACUACAACAACUACACCGCCUCACCCAGCAGCCCGAGCGACCCACACCCACACCCACAACCCCAUCAUAUGAAUCCAGAGGAUCUACGAACCAUCCACACCACCUUACUCCAAAUCUUCCACACCAUCCAAAUCCUAAUGGCCUACCUAGGCUGGUCCGACCAAUGGACCUCCUGCUCUCCUGGCUGCGAGAUAGGACAAGUCUGUGCGAUUCCGAUGUGGCCGGUUAUGGGUGUUGUUGUGCGGGAUCCUGGGGAUGAGGAUGAGGAAGGGGGUGAUGGGGAUGGAGAUGGGGAUGGGAAUGGAGAUGGGGAUGGAGAUGGGCGUGUGAAUAGGACGCGGAGGGGUUGGGGAGAGGGCUUUGAGAGGGCGCUGUGGGAACCUAGUUGUGUUAAUGCGGGGAUUGUGGGAAGGAGGUGGGAAAGAAGGAGGAGAGCGGGAGGAUGA